AUGAACAAAAGUAUAAUAGAUGUUGUCGAUGAUACCAGACCUUUCUCUGCAGAAAGGCCUCAGGAUGCCCAACGGCACUUCUCCCCAAACUCGCUCCACACUCUAAUUUUUAGUAACAAGUUCAGUGUCAAGAGGUCGAACAGGAGCAGCUCUAUUGCAAGAAGGAACCUUGCUUCUGAAGGGAUGAGAUAUCGGUCUCUGAAGGGAAACCAGAAGAGAACUAUUACAAAUCUGAAUUCUACUCAGCCAUCCAUAGCUGAAUUCAACAGCCCUCAAGCGUUUAUGCCAAGAAGAGUUAUGCAGAAAAGAAGGAAAUAAAAGUGAAAACCUGAGGCUUAUCCUCUCACCUUCUGUUAGAGCAGGUUCUCAGAACAAGAGAAAAUCAUCAAUCGUCUCAGAAGAGACUACUCGAGAAGAUAAUCUCAUGAAUGAGAAACUCAACCCGAAAAUAGUCGAAAGAUGGAUUUCAAAUACACUUGAGGAUGCUAAAUAUUUAGACAUCCCUGGAAUUAUUUCAAAUCCGACUUAUAAAGAAGCUCUUACUAGACACAGUAUCGACAGAGUCAGGUAUAUUCAUCAUAAAUUACUCAAUAGUUUAUCAAAACAUGGCCUUGGGAAGCACUCAGUUGAGAGGUUAUACAAAGGCUUAUUUGUCUAUUCCAUUGGAUUCAAUGAGCUAGUUAAAAAUAUUACAAAGAAGUCCAGUAAUCACUUCCUAAUCCAGCGCUCAAUAUGGAAGGUAUACUCAAUCUUACUUGAAUUCUGCUGAAAGUCAGAUUACACAACUCUUAUCGGUCAAGUGACUCAGGAAUAUCUUGAAAAUGAGCAGAAAAUGAAAGAAGAGUUUGAAAUAAAGCAUAUGGAGAGCCAAACCUUUGCCAGAGAGAUCAAAACAAGAUACGAAGAACUUAUAAAAUCACACACUAAACUUGCACAAGACCUCAAGUCUGAGAAGGAAUCCUUCAAAGAUUUGGAGAAAGAUUUUGAGGAAAAAAUGAAAAUUCAUGAAGAAGAAGUCUCUAUCAGGCUCAAAUUUGAGAACAAAUUAAAUGAUCUCCAUUCUUUGCACAAGCUCUUGCAGAACUUGAAGAGCAAGAGAAAGUCAGCCAGGUUACAUCAGUCAAAAUAGUUGAUCUUGAGAAAGAGCUGAUCAAAGUAAAGGCAGAUUUGUUGCAAUAAAGGAAAAACUUAACACCGCCCUUGAGAAUAAAAUCAAAUCGUUAGAAGUUCAAAUUGAAGAAGCAAACAUUGAACAAAUCACUGAAAAUUAUACCAAAAAGUUAGAAGAAUUAGAUGAGCUCACUCUCAUUGCCAAGAAUGCAAAUAUAGCUGAACGGGAAGCCAACAUGAAACUUGAGACUGCAGAGGCUCAUUCUCGAAAAGUUAUGGAUCAACGGAGGAAGUUAGAACUCGAUUACAUGAACGUUAGUAAAGAAAUGCAAGAACUUAAUGCUAAUAUUGAGACAAAACUUCAAAGUAUCAAGGUACUUGAGAGAGAAAAUACUAAUUUUAAAAUCAAAGCCAGUCAAGAUGAGAUCAUUAAGAAAGAGCAAGAAGAAAGAAUAGACAAAUUAUACCAAAUCAUUGAAGAUAAUAAGGAGAAGAUAACUACAAUGACCAAGAGUAAUGAGUUACUACAUGAAGAAUUGAAACUAGCCAAAUCUCAGCUUGAAAACAUGAAGGAAGAGAAAACCAAUCUUGAGGAAAAACUUGAGUUAUUGGAAAAAGAUAGAUUAGAAAUCAAAGAUCACUCGGAACAACUCAAGAUCUUCGAACUAGAGCUUUAUAACAAAGUAGUUGACAAAGAGUCCCAGCUUUCUGUCGCGAAUCGAGAAAUAGAUAAACUUACCUCACUAAUUUCAUCUUUUGAAAAGUCUCAACAAAAGUUAAUAAGGAAAUUAGAGAACUCUUCAAAGUCGUUGCAGAGUCAAGUAAAGCAGCACUCUGACCAAGUCGCUUCCUUGAAUACAAUCAUAGAGGAUCAGGGUAUUCAGAUUAAACUCCUGCAUUCAAAAUUAGAUGGAAAACAAGAGUACAUGAUAACACUACAAGCAGAAAAUAGUCAGAGCCAAGUGAAGAUUUCUGACUUAAUGCAUAAGAUAGAAAGCUUGGAGAUGUCUAGUUCAAGCUUGAAGUCCACUAUCAAAACCCAAAGCACUGACCUGACGGAAUUAACCUCUAAAAUGAAAAGAAUCAAAACGAAAUGUCAAAACCAAGAAAGGACAAUUACUCAUUUAACUCAAUAUAAAGAGAAGGUUGAGGAAGUCACUAAUGCACAGAUUCAAGCCCUAAAUGACGAAAUCACUCAUCUUAGGAACUACGGAGAUAAAGAGAAGGAUAGGGUCUACAUGACCUAUGAAGAUAUUAGGUCUCAAGCUUAUGAAUACAAGGUGAUGUGUACUAACCAAAGGGAGGAAAUUAGGCAGAUCUCAGAACAAGUCAUCCUCCUGACGAAUGACAAGAUAUUGGACACUGAGAAAAUCACUAAUCUAAAGAAAGAAGUGGGAAAGCUCAAACUUGAUCUUGAGAAUAUUAAAUCUGAAAAUCUUCAUCUUGACAUCAAAGUCAAAGACAAUAGUGACAUGAUAGAGUUCUUAAAAUAAGAAUCUUGAGUUAAAGAGCAUGGGACUUGAAGAGUACUACCAAAAGUAUGUAGCUGUCUAUAUGGAGCAUUACCAUCUGAAGAAUAAACAUACUGUGCUGAGCAACAGAUUCGCUCAGUAUGAACUUAUUAUCAAGACAAGUAAAUCAAUGUUAGAAGCUCUGAGAAAUCGAAAGAACGCUAAAGUACAAACAGACUUUGUCAAAAACCAUGAUAUUGCCAUCAUGACUAAUCUAGUGUGGAAGGAUAUCUCCAGAUCUGGCAUAAUACCUUCUGUAAGCAGUAAUAGAUCCGAAUUGAGUCUUUAUCCGAACUACAAAGCAGAAGAAAAUAAACAGAAGAUGUUUAAAUCAGCAAUGUCUUACAACAAAGACCUUGAUCAUGAAGCCAAUAAGUUGAUAAAAUUUGAUGAUUCUGAUGGGCAGUUUCAACUCCCUAUAGUCUCCCAGAAAACUCUUGGAACAGGAGAGAUUUUUGGAGACUCUAAAGUUAAAUUCUCAAUGAUGGAAUCCCAACUUAGUAGCAUUAAAAAGGUUGUUUCCAGAUAUGACUCUAAAAAUAGCUCAGAAUCUGCUGAUGAACUUGGAGUUGACCUCUUCGAAACUAUAAACCAAAUUGAGCAGGGAUACACAAAAGAGAAUAGUUCACAUAAAAAUAAGAAAAAGAAAAGGUCUAAAUCAAUUGAUAUAAAGAAGACCCAAAACAAUAGAAUAGGAGUUAGAGCUGAGCAAAUCCUCAAAACUAGUCCUUCCCUUCCAGAUUACCAGGUCCAGAAAAGAAAGCCUUUAAUGAGAAAGAAGAUGCAGAAAAAAUCAACCCAAAAGCCUAGUGAGAAAAACACUGUAGUGACAAAGCCCUUAGGAAGUACUAAGAAAAAGCUAGUUCUGCACCCUAUGGGUACAAAAAGCUUAAUUCGCGAUGGCUCUUCCACCCAAAACCCUAUAACCUCCGUUCCUAGAGAACCUAGCAAGCCUAUGACCACCAAGCAUUUAAAAACCAUCCAAAAUUUGCCACAAGGGGAUAAUCCCCUUGAGACUGUGAAUCCGCCUAAGAUAAUAAAAAAGAGAACCCAGAAGUUGAACAUGAAGAGUAUGAUCAGAAGUGCAUAUUCACGCAAGAGAUAAGCAAGUUUAAAU